CCGGGUGAGGGUAUUGUGUUUGGUGUUGUCGAAUACCGAUGGUGGUAUCUUCAGAUAUGUCAUUUGCGGGCAAUUAUCCUCCAUAAACUUGUGUAUAAUUUCAUAAUUGGAGCCUUAUAGACUUUAUGGUCCACAAAUCUACGCGGUUGAGACACUGGAGUUGAUUUUCUACGGGGAAAUAGCGAGAUAUUCCUGAAUUUGGUCCGAAUUGUAUAGUUGGUUAUUGAGUCAAAAUGAACGUGUCUUCGCAUGCAGAAAGUAAAUUUUUUUAUAAACGCAUGUCGGGAUGCUAGGAAACCAUUAUAAUGAAGAAAUUUAGAGGAAAGUUGGUAAAACGAAGUUCUCAGAACAAUCUGAAUGGUGAGAGCCAUUCUCUUGACUGGAACAAGUACGAUGAGCGUCUCAUUGAAUGUAUUGAGCAUGGAGAUGUUAUCCGGCUAAGAUCCACCCUAUCAAAAAAGCAAGUCUCCCCUACCAAGAUCAGCCCUUAUGGAACAACAGCGUUACACAGUGCUUGUCAGCAUGGGAACAUCGAAUGUCUGGAUACCUUGCUGGAAAUGGAGGCAAACAUAUCUGUCCAGGAUAAAUCAGGCAGUACCAUUCUUCACGUGGCUGCGAAGGCUGGCCAUAUUGAAUGUGUCCAGAGAGUUCUAGACUUGGGUGUUGACAGCAACUGUCAAGACGGGAAGAGGAUGACCCCAUUGCAUCUGGCGACGGCCAAAGGUCACAUGGAGGUCGUGCAGCUUCUUGUUGGUUGUAACGCAUCGCUGAAUAUCACUGAUAAGGACGGUCGAACGCCCCUCUUGAUGGCCAUCCAAAGUGGACAUGAGGAGAUCGUCUGUCUCCUUCUGGACAAGGGCGCCAAGGUCAACAUCGCUGACAACGCCAAAAAGACGGCAUUGAUGUACGCAAGUUUAUUGGGUCUCACGAAAUGUGUUGAGACUCUUCUGAAGAGAGGCGCUAAUUCUAGACUAGUUGACUCGCAAAGCCACACGGCCGAGGAUUAUGCGCGUAUUGGCGGUCACAAGGAGGUCAUCGCGAUCAUCAAAAAUGCUCCAACAGUAGCAACAUGGGACGCUGGCGAAAAUAGCGAGGAAGAAGAAGAAGAACCAGAAAUUCCCAAUGGCGAGCUUGUAUCAGCCUUUAGCAAUCAAGACUCUGAGGAAAUGUCCAUAGCUUCUCACCAAAACAUCGUUCCUAGCUCUCAGAUGGUGUGGAUUGACACAUCUUCGCGAAGUUCGGGUUCGUUCUCUUCCAAAACAUCCACUGCUAUUUCCUCUCCUCGAGCCUCGCUGAGCAUGCCGGGAAGAGAUCUAACAUUAGAAAUCAAGGAACUAGAGGAAGAGAAUGAAGUGUUGAAUCAAGAGCUGGGAAAAUUACGAGUUCAGCAUCAGAAGACGCUGGACAGGCUGCGAUUCACAGAGACAGAACUUGAGGCCGAGAGAAAAAAAUCCCCCUCUCCCUCCCCCCUCAAAAACAGCAGGCAAAUGAAUGGUUCAAUAGAGGAGGAUUUAACUGAAUGGAAGGAUCAUAAAAUUGAGGCACUAGAACUAGAGGUUUCAAAGCUGCAAGUUGAUCUACAGAAUGAGAGAACGUCACGGAAAGAAACGGAGGAGAAGGUCGAGAAGUUGAAAGCUCAAGUGACGUCAUACGAGUCUCGAGUGAAUGGGGAUGUAAACCAUAACGAUAGUACAAUAUCCUUAUCCGUCUAUGAACAGCUCAAGGAAAGCAGCGAAGAAGAGAUCUUCAGUUUAACGGAGCGAAUCCAGGGGUUAACGUUGGCAAAUGAAACCCUGGAAAAAGAGGUGCUGGAAUCACGUAGAAAUAUCGAGAAGUCUAACCAGGAGACCAUGGCAGGCAUCAAGUCUUCCGCAGAGCAGAGUCACAAAAAGUUCUUAGAAUCUGAAGUAAACAGACUCCGUAAACAGAUCAAGAGCGCCGAGGCUGAACACGAGCGUAGGAUCAACAUGUAUCGAAUCCACCUGAUCAGCGCCGUGCAGGGUGAGUUGGAUGCUGAUGUCGAAGGAGCUUUACAGACUAUUAUCAGUCUACGGGCCAGUGAACAAUUCUGCUAACAUUGGCUAAAUAAUAGUAUUUAAAGAAAUUUUUAGUAGAAUAUAUAUCGUUUUCAAUUCUGUAUAUAGAUUUUUUUGUACAGGCAUUAAAAUAAGCUUGACCUA